AUGGUGAGUAGGUUUAUGAACAAACCAAAGUGGUCACAUUACCAAGCUGUUGUAAGGAUUCUGAGGUAUAUUAAGGGGACUCUGAGGUAUGGAGUGUUAUUCUCUUAUGGAGUUAAGUAUGAAUCAGAACUGAUGUGUUAUUCAGAUUCUGAUUGGUGUGGAGAUAGAGUUGACAGAAGAACUACUUAUGGAUAUUUCUUCAAGUGUCUCGGAGGUUCUAUUUCUUGGUGUUCUAAGAAGCAACCAGAUGUUGCUUUGUCAACCCGUGAAGUUGAGUACAUUGCAGGUGCUUUGUCUGCGUGUCAAGCUAUUUGGCUUAUGAAUUUGUUGCAUGAUCUGAAGAUCAAAGUGAACAAGUAUGUGAAGCUCAUGAUUUACAAAAAAUCAAACAUAAUCCUUACCAAGAAUCCAGUGUUGCAUGGAAGAAGCAAGCAUAUUGACAUGGAGUUUCAUUUUAUAAGGAAUCAAGUUCAUAAUGGAGAGCUAGAAGUUGUACACUAUACCACCUAA